AUGGAGAACAUGUCCUUCAACAUCAGCUUUGAGCUGAGCUUAGAUCCAUUCUUCAUACCUCCAGGAGGGAGGUACCCCAUCUUCUUCUUUGGUCUUGCCAUCUAUUUGUUUUGUGUUUUCUGCAACCUAACUCUGCUGCUUCUAAUCGUGACACAGAGGUCCCUCCACAAACCCAUGUAUUUCAUCCUCUUCAGUCUUCCCUUGAACGACCUGGUCGGGAUCACUGCCAUGCUUCCUAAGGUGCUGUCAGACAUAGUUACGGAAACAAGCCAAGUCUACUACCCUCUCUGUGUGCUGCAGGGCUUCCUGCUUCACAUGUAUGGCGGUGGUGUUCUUUUCAUCCUGGCUGCGAUGGCGUUUGAUCGUUAUGUUGCCAUCUGUAAGCCUUUAAGGUACACCACCAUCAUGACACCCAGACUCGUGAUGGCAAUCAUUAUGCUGGUUUGGGGUCUGGAUUCCAUUCUAAUAAUAUCACUGUUCUCUCUUCAGACAAGACUCCCCAGGUGCAGAAGCUCCAUAUUAAAUGUGUUUUGUGACAACCCCUCUCUACUGAAGCUAACCUGUGGCAACACUGCAUUGAAUAACAUUUACGGUCUGUUCAAUACUGCCAUCAUGCAGACUAUAAGUGUGACUGUUCAGGUGUUUUCCUAUGUUAAGAUUCUCAUUACUUGCUUGGUCACAAGGAAGUCAGACGUCAAAACUAAAGCCAUCAACACCUGUGUUGUUCAACUGGUCAUAUUCCUAAUAUUUGAAAUUGUGGGAACUUUUACCAUUCUCUCACACAGGUUCAAGAAUGUCUCAGUUGAUCUGCAAAAAAUUAUGGGAAUGUUGAUAUUUCUGGUUCCUCCACUGCUGAAUCCAAUCGUGUAUGGAUUAAACACAAGUGAAAUUCGAAAUACCCUCUUGAAGGUUUUUCAGACAAGGGUUGUUAGUGUAUGA